AUGCCUGACUCAAAGGAAAAGUUUAUAAUUUUCGUGAGAACAGGAGGAAGAACUUCAAUUCAUGCAAUCACUGAGGAAGUUGGCAUCGGCUCAAGUAUACAAGUCUUUUUAGGUGGGCUUUUCAUGAGUCUACGUAAUAUUCACGAAUUUGUGUGUUUGCUCGUUUAAAGCGUGAAGUUAGAGCCCUUAAUAAAACAUACUUUCCUCUUCUUUUUUCAUAGAAUCAUCUGCGGGUUGAUGUCUGCAUUAAAUAAUUAUAUCUUCUCAUUUCUUUCCCAAUUUUUCAAAGAGGAAAGAGACAUGAAGAUAAAUGAGAAACAAAGACCACCGGCUUUGAAAUGGUUUCAUCUUUUUCAGGAAAUCAAUUCCACAAGAGUUCUAGGGAAAAAUCCAUUGAGAAGUAAGAAAAAGAAUGAAGCAACUAUCUUGUUUGCCGAUUAUUCCCGUCUUUCUUGCGUUUUAUCUUGCGCCUUGUAAAUUCACCUUCGUAUGUCACCCUCAUUACAUCUAGUGUUUAUGAUCAUUUUUUAGCUAAAGGAAGUCCAGUAACUCUCCGUGCUCGUCGAAACAUAUUGAAGACGCCUUGAUGGUUUAAGUUAUUUAUCUAUGAGCUAACAUCAUUUUCUUCUUAAAAAUAAGUUUAAGAGUAUAUAUAAAGUUUUUCGAGUAAAGCACGAGUAUAGACAUGAGUAGCCUACAAGUCAGCCAUAUCAGUUUUGUUUCAGUAUUUUUUUUUUAGACCACAGAAACUGAACGAUCUCAUCCUUCUCGUCUCCAUCGCCCCGACGAUACAAUCGAAGUAUAUUGAAUUGUAUACAUUUUGGUGGUUAACUGGCUGACUGACUCAGGACUAACUGACUCAGGACUAACUGACUCACUUCAAUUCUAUUUUGUAAAGGUCCGAAAUUGUUGUAUUUUUGUAAUAGCUCACGAAUAAGCGGCAAGAACCAUUUGGAGAGUAGCCUAUAAGUCAGCCAUAUCGGUUUUGUUUCAGUAUUUUUUUUAGAUCACAGAAAUUGAACGAUCUCAUCCUUCUCGUCUCCAUCACCCCAACGAUACAAUCGAAGUAUAUUGAAUUGUGUACAUUUUGGUGGUUAAAUGGCUGACUGACUCAGGACUAACUGAUUCACUUCAAUUCUAUUGUGUAAAAGGUCCGAAAUUGUUGUAUUUUUUUAAUAGCUCACGAAGAAGCGGCAAGUACCAAUGGAGAAAUUAAGUGCGGAAACGGCACAGAUAUCGAGUUACACUCGUUAUCCCUGA